AACCGAACUAGCAAGUUGUGCACACCGAAAAUGCGCAUAGAAAAUGUUCUGCGAGCGUCAUGUAUCAUUUGGGUUUCCGUCAGCUCGAACGUAGUAAUGACUGCCACCACCGAGGAGUCCGAUGCCUUGCAACCGUACUUUGACUUUGACGUGCCGCGCAAUCUCACCGUAACCGUGGGCCAAACCGGCUUCCUGCACUGCCGGGUGGAGCGUCUUGGCGAUCAGGAUGUUGCAUGGAUACGAAAGCGUGAUCUGCAUAUACUUACGAUGGGAGCAUCGACGUACACUUCCGACCAACGGUUUCAGGUGAUACGACCGGAGGGCUCCGUCAACUGGACACUGCAAAUAAAAUAUCCUCAGACGCGAGACUCGGGCGUUUACGAAUGUCAAAUAAACACCGAACCGAAAAUGUCCCUGUCGUACGUGCUGGAUGUAAUUGAGCUGCGAGCGCGAAUAUUGGGACCGUCGGAUAUAUUCAUAAAAUCUGGCAGCGAAAUCACCAUGACGUGCGUCAUUCAGCAGGGACCACACGAGCUAGGCACGGUGUUCUGGUACAAGGGAAGCACGCUGGUGGAGCCACACGCGCAAGAGAACGACAUCCACCCGGGAGAUGCCGGACGAAUCGCCAUCGAAACAGAUUGGACAGAUGCCCUGACAUCUAGAUUAAAGAUAAAACGGGCGGUGCAGAGCGAUACCGGCAACUACACCUGUGUACCGACGAUGGCCCGCUCGGCAAGCGUCUAUGCUCAUGUAAUUAGUGGCGAACACCCAGCGGCGAUGCAACACAAUGCGGCCGCAGGACCACCGGCGACACUGCGCAGCAUGUGCAUACUAUUAUUAUUGCACCUGGUCACCCUGCUGCACCUGCUGGGAGGACAUCCGAGCCGGACGGUUACCGGCAUGAGAUGGAAGCGCCUGCUGCGACCAGCCCGUGGAAAUGCCCGGGAAACGAGUUCACCUGAAGCUGCAGUUUUUCAUGCCCACCCCAGCUAGCAUAAAGUUUCGCAAUUUGGCACACCGAGCGCCAAAUGGAAUCUCGCACGUAUGAUGAUGCACCACCACGGCCCGUAAGCUCGGCACUCCUGGGGGCCAGUUCUGCAUGGGGAGAGAAAUUUAUUGUUUCAUUUGCUGCAGAACUGCUUCCCAUUCAUCGGCUGCUCACCGGGCGUAGCACCAAGGCGGUAAGGAAAAAAGGGCAAGGAUUGAGCGAACAAAUCGAAAAUAUCUUCAACCACACGGAGAAUUCGGAUUCAUCAUGCAUUCCCUGCGACGGUGUUUCAUCCAUUCGAGCAGUGUGUGUGUGUGCGUGUGUGUGUGCAGCAUUCGUUCCGAUAAUACGAGCGAGAACAAAUCAACCGAGAAUAGCCUGCGACAAGCUAGGAUUAAAUCUUGUUUCCUCUGCGGGAGAACGGUGGAAUUAUCCUUGCAUAAGACCCACCGGCCGGAUUCGCACGUGUGUGUGUGUGUUUAAACCGAUUGCGAGACAGACGAAGACAUGCCAAAAAGCGCAGACACGAGACGAUUUCUUUUGUCUUGCCGAUGUGUUUUAUGUCGAUCGGACCGGCGCACCGGGUUGCCGUGGGAAACGUUGAAUCCAAAUGCAAAUGCCCGUACGUUUUCUUUUGUGAAAUGAUGAGCUAAUGGAGACGGAGAGAAGAGAAAAAAAAAGAGAACAACAUUUCAUUUCCAUGUAUGUAUACAAACAUUAGAUGAAGUUUGCCCACUUGGUGAAAAAUAAAUUCAUUUAA